AUGAAGUUGUUGUUUUUUAUUAUUGCUAGUUAUUUAAAUUGUUCAGAGAUACCAACAAUUUCUAACACAAAAUCUGGGUUAAAAAGAAAGUUAGAUUCUAACUCAAGAAAUAUAAUGGAAAAUUCUAAAACAUUACCAUUUAAAAAACGUAAAAUAGAAAUUCAAAAUGAUAAUACCAAACAAGAAGAAGAAAAUAAGGAAAAAGAUAAUGAAAGUGUAUCAAACGAAAAAAGUAAAGAAUCUAAAGAUGAAAACGUAAAUUUGUUCAGUCAAAUCGAGGAACUUAGGGAAAAAGUUAAAAAACUCAAGGAAGAAAGUGAGGGGAUUGUGAUUGAAAAUAAGCACUUAAAAGAUAAAAAUAUAGCUUUGAAAGAUAAGUAUAAUGAUGCAAAUGAAAUAAUUAAUAAACAAAAAGACAUAAUUAGAUGUUUAGAAGGUAAAAUACCAAAAAUACAAGAUAGUGGCUUAAAAGAACAACAAAAAACUGUUAUUUCAUAUCUUCCUAUAAACCAAGAAGAAUUUAGAGAAUUAGUCACUUUUUAUACUUCAAAUAAUCUCAAAAAUGAUACAGAAUCGGAAAAAUUUGAUUCUUUUAUUUAUAAAAUAAUUUCAAUUGUUAUUGAAGAAGAAAGAAUUAAUAUGUUUAAAGCUAAGAAAAAUGAACUUGAAAAUAUUUUUUAUUAUUUAAGGUCAAAAAUUAAACCUAAAGAUAUUCCUUUAACAAUUGAAGAUAUUACAAGAGAUAAUUUUAAUUAUUUUGAUUAUCAUUUAAUUAAAUCUGUUGGAUUUUUAAUAGAAGAUAUCGAAAACAACAAAAACAAUAAUUUUGAUAAAAAUUUUAAACUUUUAAACAUGGUGAUAAAAACAAGUAACGAAUCAAUUUUAUUGCUUAAUUUAUUAAUAGAAUUUAAAAAUUUAAUAAUUUUAAAAGAUAAAGUAUCUUUAAAUAAUGAACAACAGAUUAAAUCCUUCAAUAAUGAAUUUGUAGAAACAUUUCAAGAAGAAUUGUCAGAACUAAAAUUUUCUAUCAGUUCUAAAGGUUAUAAACCAAUUAAAGAUCCAAUAACAGAAUUAGAAGAAAUUUUGGAUGUAAAUGAUCUCCAAAAAAGUUUUAAAAAACUAUUGAUUCGCUACAAAUCAAUUUUUUUAAAUUGCGGAAGUGUUUUUUUGAAUAUUCCACAUACAAUUUAUACAAGGGAUAACGAUAUAACCUCUUCAUUCUGCACCUCAUUAUAUAGAAAAAGAAAAAGGUUUCUAGAUAAAAACAUUUACCGUUUUUCUCGAUCACUAAUUGUUCUAAAUGAAUAA